GGUAACCACCAGAAACUCCAUUAAAGUUGCGAGGCUUAAGCUCGGAGGCCGUUUGUCAUUGUCAGUAACAGAGUGAGAGUGAUGAAAGCCCUAGCGACCUCCAAAUCCAUCAUCGCUAACAGUACACCUUCUUCUUACUUUGCUCCUUCUCUGAAAGAGCGUCUUCUUUCUGGAGGACCUGAAUUCAUUUCUUAUCGGAGGCCUUGGAAAUUGGCCAAUUUUGGACUUGAGCAUUUGGUACCUUCGCGCCGGGGAGGCAUCGACUUGAUUUCUUGCUUCUCGUCUCCUCACCAGGCAGAUACUCAGAAUGAUGCAGUUGAGAAUCAAGAAACAAAUCAAUCAAAGACCGUUCGUGUCAAGUUCCAGCUCCAGAAAGAGUGCACAUUUGGGGAGCAUUUCUUUGUAGUAGGUGAUGAUCCAAUUUUUGGUUCCUGGGACGUUUCAAGUGCAAUACCUUUAAACUGGGCCGAUGGGCAUCAAUGGGCAGCAGAAGUGGAGAUUCCUGUUGGGAAAACAAUCCAGUUCAAAUUCAUACUUCAAGGAACAACUGGAAAUGUUGUAUGGCAACCUGGUCCUGAUCGAACAUUUGAACCCUGGGAAACAUCAAAUACAAUCAUCGUUUCUGAAGAUUGGGAUAGUGCUGAAUCACGGAUACGAAGUGAAGAAAAAAUUGUUAACCAGGAGGAGGAUUCUUCGAUCGCCCAAGAAAAGUUAGUGAUCAAGGAGAACCUCACUUAUCCAAACGAAGAACUGAUCCCCAAUACAAAUAAGGAUUCAAUAGCAGAAAAACCAUCAGUGGAAUCGAUUGAUGGCAGUAACAUCUCAGCUUCAGAAGAAAAUGGCAGUAAUAUCUCUGCUUCUGAAGAGAAUGCCAGUAACGUCUCUCUUUCAGAGGAUAACCCUAGCAGCAUUUCGGGUUCAAAAGAGAAUGCCAGAGUUCUUGUGGCAGAGAAUAUUAGCUCCCCAAAGGAGAGCUUCAUUCUCAAUACAAGUAACAAGGCCGUGAGUGAGGUACACAGCAAUUCAAAUGGGGAGACAACAAUUACAUCCGAGAGUGAUACAAAGAUAACAGAGGAAAUUUUGGAGAAUGACGAGAAAGAUGAUGGUGUUAACUAUGGAGUUCAAGAAAGCUUUGUUAACAAGGGAGUUCCCAUUCUAGUUCCUGGUUUACCUCCAACACCAACAACAUCAAAUCAGUAUGCACCUCCAAAUGAAGUCAAAGAUGAUGGUUCCAUUGAUGGAAUUAAUGAUACUAACGAUCGUACACUACCCGAGAACAUACAAAAGAAUCAGAAACCGGAUCCUGAUGUUAUGGCUGGACAAGAGAUGGAGGUGAAGUCAAGUUAUGAAGAAAUUAGACAAGAGGAUGACACAAAUAUAAUUGAGAAUCGGUCCGAUUUGCAGGAAAUCAACAAAGAUAUCGUUCAAAAUGACAUAACAUGGGGUCAUAAAACCCUGAAGAAGUUCCUCUCCAGUUUGAGACUGCUUUAGCACCACAACUUUAUUCAAGACACUGGAAAAAAGACUUCCAGAUUUCAUUUUUAGUUCUGUACUAUUGCUGUUCCCCAAGAAGAUUUCGACUUUCUGGGACCCAACUGGGUGAAUGGAAGCUGUCAUUGGGAGUUGUAAAUAUGGUCUACUAACUUCACUAUAUAGUAUACUACUUGGGGUGUAAAUACAAAGACUACGAAAUUGGUUCAUUGGCGAAUCUGGACUGAAAUGGUAUGAAAGAUUCUUGGUAAUUACAGUCUUGUUAGUCAUUUGGAUUUGUUUAGUUCCAUAUAAAGGAUGCAUUCUCAUCGUUAUUCUUCUAUGUUGUUUUGUUUUGGAGGCUAAACAUAUUUUAUUUCUUUAGUAGUGCAUAACAUGAUGGAAUGAGUUAAUAAUUAGGGAAAAUAUCAAUUUAUAUCCCUAAACUUUGGGAAUUGUAUCAAUUUAAACUUUAAAUUUUGGGAGUUGUAUCCAUUUAAAA